UGGGUGCCGUUGAAAAGACUCAAACAACAGAGCCAGCAGACGCCAGUGUUCAGUUACGAAGUUACAAAUUUACGUAACCAAACAUCACAAUUUAGAAAUAAAGAAGAGAGUAGAGUUCAACAUAUUUAUUAUAAACGCAAAACUCGAGAGGAAGUAAGAGUCAGGAGUGACAAAACUGCAGAGACAAGUAAUUCGCCGGCCAUUAGUGGACAGCACUAGAGGAAUCUUUGACAUCUUAAAGGAAGAGAAGGUGUAAUGUAAGAAAGCGUAUUUAGAAGACAGGACCACAAACACAACAAGGCUUUUAGAAGAUGGCGCGGGUAGGCUUGCUGCGGAGGGGAGGCUUGCUAGGAGGUGCAAGACUCCCAGGACUGAAUCAAGCAUCCCUCACUGCUCCCCUGCAUCAAGGCUCACAACUGGGUCAGACAUGUAGCAGUGAGGCUGAGAAGGUGGAGGCAGCACCCAACCUGCGGAUGCAUGCGUGGCAGACGUUUGGGUAUGAUGGCGUGGAGGGUCUGCUGAUGGAGCGGGUUCGGGUGCCUCCUGUGCUGCGGCCUGGGAAUCUGCUGGUUAAAAUUCAUGCAGCUUCCGUCAACCCCAUUGACACGGCCAUCAUUGGUGGGUACGGCCGGAACGUGCUGAACAUGAUGAGGAUGGUUGGACAGCUGGAACGUGGUGCUGCCACCUCCACACCCACAGAGUUCCCCCUCACUGUGGGCCGAGACUUUGCAGGGGAGGUGGUGAGUGUGGGCCAUGGGGUGCAGGGUAUUGGUGUUGGGGAUAAGGUGCUGGGGGUGGUGAGUCCCCAGGCCCAGGGAACACAUGCUGAGUUUGCCAUCACUUCAGCAUCUAAUGUGUGUUUAAUGCCGGACUCAGUCACUUCUGUGGAGGCAGCAAGUGUGCCUUAUGCUGGCCUCACUGCCUGGAGUGCUGUGGUGGUGUCAGGGUUGGUAACACCUGCUUCAGCCCCCAGAACGAGAGUCUUGGUGCUUGGGGCCUCAGGAGGGGUGGGCACACAGCUCUGUCAACUCCUGACUGCUUGGGGAGCCCAGGUAGUGGGUGUUUGCAGCAGUGAUGCCUUGGGCUUGGUGACCAGCCUUGGGGUAGAUGCUCUGGACUACACAGACCCUACCACUAAGGAUGUGCUGAGAGCUGAUGGAAGGUUUGAUCUGGUCAUCAAUGCUGCUGGAGCUGAUGAUUUGGACUACCUGGAUGCCCUGAAGCCCUGGAUGGGGUCCUCAUUUGUCACCCUUUCCCCACCACUGCUACGGAACAUAGACAGUGAUGGGAUGGCACUGGGACUUUUGAAGAGUGUGAAGGAAGUAGUUUGCCGCAACACUUCCUCUCUGUCUGAGGGCCGAGCCUACAAGUGGGCUUUCUACAUGCCAAAUCCAUGGGCCCUCAAGCAGAUCACUAAAAUGUUAUCAGUAUAUAAGAUUCGCCCAGUGAUUGAUAAAGUGUUCCCCUUCACUGAGGCCCCAGCAGCCUACCAGCAUGUAUUGGAGGGACAUGCACGGGGCAAGACUGUGAUCAGCAUGUCAUGAGGAGGGCAAGUCCUUGUAUAAUGAUGAGAUGGCCCAGUGGUUCUGUGAGGCUGUCAUGCAUGAUGUUUGUGGUGUAUCAUGUAGUGUGAGAUGCAAGAAGAUGACAUAUGAAUAUGUAUGGUCAGAGUUUCUUUCUGUAACUUGCAGUGUUUAUUUUUUAUUUAAUUUUAAUUUUUUUUGCUUUGGAAAAAGUCAUGUGAGACCUUUGCUCUACUUCAUGAGUAUUAUUUAUAGCUGUACAUAAUAAAGCCUAAACAUUAACAAAAAUAAAAGUUUCAUCUCACAA